AAGCUACUUAACAAUUGCUUUAACUUACAACAGCUUUUAAGUUCAAUGGGCAAAGUGAUUGGCUUUGUUUGGGAUUUCCUUGAGAUGUUUUUGGAGAAGAUUGUUUAUUUAGUUCGCAAAAUAUUCCAAUGGAGUUACCUGAAAUUUAUCUGGUCCCAUAAAUCAAUUGAUAAUAUGGCGCCUAAAAAUAAUGUUAAUGGAACACAUGAACAUGGGGAACAUGUUAGAGUUUUGACACUUAAUAAAGGAGAACAUCAAGAUGGUGUAUUGUACAGACUAAGUUGGAGCAAUGAUGUUGCUGUUGUACAAGCCACCGUUCCUGGAUCCUUUCAUUACUACAUAAUUGACGCCAAAGAAAAGAACGAAUUGAAACCACUGGCUUCCGGAUACGUCCUGGUAGAACCCGAGUUACAAAUAGGAACCAACGAAAACUUACCUCUAGACUGUAUCCAGUGUCAAACCGUCUUAUCAAAGUGUCUUGGAGUAUUUUCAAGCUGGCGUGACAAGCUCGCAGUUUCAAAAAACUCUGGCUACAACAUGAUCCACUUCACUCCAAUCCAAGAGUUAGGAGGGUCUAAAUCCGCGUACAGUUUAAGCGACCAAUUAAAACUAAACCCUUCUUUUCACGAAAAAGACAAACCGACGACUUUUGAGGACAUCGAAAAACUAACCACGGAACUAAGAGUCCAAUUCAACGUAUUGUCCAUCUGCGACAUAGUGCUCAACCACACAGCCAACGAAAGUUCAUAUUUAGUAGCUCACCCAGAGUGCACUUACAACUGUUCAAACUGUCCUCACUUGCGUCCGGCUUAUCUCCUAGACGUUGCACUCUUCGAACUGACCGUCCAGGUCGCUGCAGGAGAUUGGGAGCACAAAGGUAUCCCCAGCAUCGUUGAAACCGAGGACCAUCUCAAUGCAAUCCGUCAUGCGUUGCAUACUUACUUCCUACCAUUGGUAAAAAUUCACGAGCUGUUUACUGUAGACGUAAAUCAAAUAGUAAACGAAUUUCUGAACCUAGCAAGAACUCAGAUUCCCCAGGACGGAGUUUCUUCAGAAAAAAGUAUCAAAAUAAUCCAAGAUCCUCAGUACCGACGCCUGAAAGCUUCCAUAGACAUGCAAUUAGCUUUAAAUAUCUACAACAUUUACCCCCAAGAUUGCUUCGAUGAAGAAACACGUCUUAAACGCUGCGCGGAGGAAUUCCGUAAAGAAAUCCAGUCUCUCCACGACGCAAUUGUAAUCGAGGUACAGAACCACCUAAAUGCAGCUAUUGAGAACACAAUUGCUUCCAUUCGUUACUUCCGAGUCCAAGAAGACGGUCCAAGGUUGAAAGAAGUCAGUGCUAGGAACCCGCUGACUGCGCGCUACUUCACUGACUACGGAACACCAGAAUCAUUGCUGGAGCGAGAAACUACCAUGUACUCAGACAAAGGUUGUUACCUGAUGGCUCACAAUGGCUGGGUGAUGAACAGCGACCCGCUAAAAAAUUUCGCUGAUAGCGAUUCUCACGUUUACCUGCGUCGAGAGUUGAUCGCUUGGGGAGACAGUGUUAAAUUGCGCUACGGAGACAAGCCUGAAGACAGUCCUUUCCUCUGGAAGCACAUGACUGAGUACGUAGAACAAACUGCUAGGAUUUUCGACGGAGUCAGGCUGGACAAUUGUCACUCUACGCCAAUUCCCGUAGCUGAGCACAUGCUUGACGCGGCGAGGCGCAUUCGUCCGGAUUUGUACGUAGUCGCAGAACUGUUCACCAAUUCAGAUCAAAAGGACAAUAUUUUUGUGAAUAGAUUGGGGAUAACUUCUUUGAUCCGUGAAGCUAUGUCUGCUUGGGACUGCCAUGAAGAAGGAAGACUGAUUUAUCGAUACGGUGGGGAACCUGUUGGAGCAUUCUUCCAAGCGAAAUACCGCCCUCUGAUUCCAGGCAUUGCUCAUGCGCUGUUUAUGGACCAGACUCAUGAUAAUCCGAGUCCUGUUGAGAAGAGAAGUGUUUUUGAUUUGCUCCCUUCUGCUGCGUUAGUUAGCAUGGCUUGCUGUGCUAGUGGAAGCAAUCGGGGUUAUGAUGAGCUUGUGCCUCAUCAUAUUCAUGUUGUUGAUGAAAAUAGAGAGUACACUCCUUGGGGAGAGGGUAAAUUUGUUAAUUGUAAAAAAGGGAUGAUUGCUGCUAAGAAAGCGUUUAAUGAUCUUCACUAUGAGCUGGGAAAUGAGGGAUUUUCUCAGGUGUUUGUUGACCAAAUGGACCCUGAUAUUGUAGCAGUUACUAGACACUCGCCAAAGAGUCAUGAAACUGUUGUACUAGUGGCGUUUUCGGCUUUCCAUCAUCCGGAUUUUAAUGCUACUGAUUUGAGAAGGUAUGUCAGACCGCUGAGAGUUGAAGGAGUUGUUAAAGAAAUAAUAUUUGAAGCGAGAUUAAUUUACCAGUGUGAAGGAAAAAACACACCUUUUAAGUAUCCUGAUGGACAUAUCAAGGAUAGUGAGUACAUAAACGGGUUGGAGAAUUAUGUAGUUGAUAUCAGAGAGCAUAUUCAAGUUUCUGAGUCAAAGAUUGUCGAGAAAGCUGAAUCGGGUGAUUUGAAAAUAACCCAGCUUAAUUUUGUUAACUUCCAGCCGGGAUCAGUGAUAGCGAUUCGAGUGUCAUUGCAGGAUAACAUCAAUCCGGCUUUGAUGAAGCUGAAUGAAAUAGUCCAUUCGAUUGCUUCAAUUAAAGAAUUGAAGGCCAUUGUAGGAAGAAUGAACCUGGCGGAGAUGAACAAGGUUUUGUAUUGUUGUGAUCAAGAAGAGCGAGAAGAAACCGCGGAUCACUUUGGAGUUUACAAUAUUCCUUCCUAUGGGCCGCUUGUUUACGCCGGUUUGCAGGGUGUAGUGUCGCUUUUAGCAGAAGUAAGGCCUAAUAAUGACCUGGGUCAUCCGUUGUGUGUGAAUUUGAGAGAAGGUAACUGGCUGAUUGAUUACAUUUGGCAAAGAUUGAAGAAUUACGGAGGAACUGAGGAGCUUAGUAAGUGGUUUGAGCAAGCUGCUGAGCCGUUUAAGUCUAUUCCUAGGUACUUGGUGCCAAGUUACUUUGAUGUGUUGAUUGUAAAUGUCUACAUGAUACUUCUAGACCGCUGUUAUGAGUUAAUGUCGCCGUUUGUGCAAGAAGGGACUACUUUUGUUAAAUUACUGUCGCUGAUUUCAGUGCAAGUUAGCGGAGUGGUAAAAUCUGCACAAUUACCAGAAUUAUCACCAAAUUUGGCACCACCCAAGCCAAAAGUGGAUAAUGAAAAGAAGGAACAAAUGUGUACGACAAUAUCCGCGGGAUUGCCUCAUUUCGCGGUUGGAUAUAUGAGAAAUUGGGGAAGAGAUACUUUCAUUGCCUUGAGGGGAAUUUUAUUGCUAACUGGAAGACACGAAGAGGCGAGGUUUAUAAUUUUGGGUUUUGCUGGAACGUUGAGACAUGGAUUGAUUCCUAAUUUACUGGAUCGAGGAGUGAAUGCGAGAUUCAACUGUCGCGACGCUGUUUGGUGGUGGCUGUACACUAUCAAGUGUUAUGUUGAAGAAGUUCCAGAAGGAAUUAAGAUUCUGUCGGACAAAGUAGCAAGGUUGUUUCCAACUGAUGAUUCUCCGGCGUUGCCUGCAGGAAAAGUCGACCAACCGCUGUGUGAUGUUAUUCAAGAAGCUCUGACAGUUCAUUUCCAAGGUCUGUGUUUCCGCGAAAGAAACGCGGGCAAACAGAUCGACGAGCACAUGACAGACCGCGGAUUUAACAACCAAAUUGGCGUUCAUCCAGAAACAGGGUUUGUUUUUGGAGGAAACGACGCUAAUUGUGGAACCUGGAUGGACAAAAUGGGUUCUUCUGAAAAAGCUGGGAACAAAGGUAAACCAGCGACACCUCGUGACGGUUCCGCGGUAGAAAUAGUGGGAUUAAGCAAAGCCGCGCUUUCAUUUCUAGCGGAACUGUACAAGAAAAAUUUAUUCCCGUACGGUAGCGUUCAACGAAGAAACCGCGAUGGUACUUCAACGACUUGGAGCUAUCAGCAGUGGGCUGAUCGCAUUGUUGAUAAUUUUGAAAAGUACUUUUACGUAAACGAAACUCCGACUGAAGGUGAAAUGAACCCGGAGCUGAUUCACAGGCGUGGAAUUUACAAAGACAGUCACGGAGCGACUCAGCCUUGGGCUAACUACCAAUUACGGCCUAAUUUCCCGAUCGCGAUGGUCGCUGCUCCGGAAUUAUUCAAUCCGAAGCACGCAUGGGCUGCGCUGAAGUCCGCGGAGACAAUUCUUCUGGGUCCACUUGGAAUGAGGACUCUAGAUCCUGCUGACUGGGCCUACGACGGGAAUUACGACAACUCUAAUGACUCCACUGACACUAAAUUGGCCCAAGGUUGGAACUAUCACCAAGGGCCCGAGUGGCUUUGGCCUAUAGGCUACUUUUUGCAUAAUGAUGCUCAAUCAUUCGUUGACGUCCACUUCGCACCCGAAGGGAAGACACACGCAAAUUUUGAUAAUUCUAAUGAUAAUUUUAAUAAUGAUAGUUGUAAUUUUAAUAACAAUUAUAAAGACACUGUUGAAGAGUUUUAUGAAACUGUUGAUGAAGAAAUAGAGGGUAGAGGUAAAUUUGUGUCUUCGCCUUCUUUAUCUCAUAAAUCAAUUCAAAAUGAGAGAAAUUUUGUAACUGAGGAUAAAAAAUCUUCAAAAAGAAGCUCGAAAAAUAGCAUUGAAAAUUAUUAUGAAAAAUAUAGCGUACAGACGGCUAAAAUACUCAUAAAUACUUUGUUUUUGCCUAGUCAGAAAAUUUGUCAAUACUGCGCUGUCGCUAAUAAGUCUGUUGUCUAUAGUGACAGACUGGUCUACGAAAAUCGGUUCCUCGAGGCAAGACUUGUUGAUUGUUUUUGUCAAUUUUAUACAAAGCAACUGAUUUUUAAUAGCAAAAAUUUAUUUGGUGGCGAUACUCGGGAUUACAUGCCAGUUUUUAAUCUCAAAAAGACGAACCAUUCAGGGUUGAGUUACUCGAAAGUGGAAGAGCCGGAUAUCUUUGAUUUAAGCACACUUGGGCCUAGUAUUUUACUGGUUGGUACUUUUAAUGAUUUUGAUACUGAGGGAGAAAAGGCAAGAUUGAGAAGUGAAGAGGCUAAAAAUGUCGACUGCGAUGAUGAAAUUCAGUAUUGGAUGGAUUUUAAUGAAGACACUAGGCUUUUAAGUACGAAGAAUAGUAACGAGAUGUUUAAUUUAUCCGCUGCACGUUUGCACAAUCAUAAUUAUAAUUACAGUCAUAAUCAUAGAGCUAGUUUGCUAAUGCUUGAACCGAUUUUAAUGAUGCCGGACUUGGAAAAUACUAAUAAAAGACGAUCUAAUAAAAAACGUAUCACUCGCUCAGAACAUAUAAAGUAUUUUAAUACUGGACUUCCAAUUGCCAAAAACUUUGAUACAACUCUUUAA